CGCUCCUCUCGCUCCGCGGUCAGAGGGCCGGAGCGAGAAGAUGGCGAAGAUGUAUGAUUAUCUGUUCAAGCUGCUGCUGAUCGGCGACUCGGGGGUGGGCAAGACCUGCCUCCUAUUCCGCUUUUCCGAGGACGCCUUCAACACCACCUUCAUCUCCACCAUCGGAAUUGAUUUUAAAAUCAGAACGAUAGAACUAGAUGGAAAGAAAAUCAAGCUUCAGAUAUGGGACACGGCGGGGCAGGAAAGAUUUCGAACCAUCACGACAGCAUACUAUAGAGGAGCUAUGGGAAUUAUGCUGGUCUAUGACAUCACAAAUGAAAAGUCCUUUGACAAUAUUAAAAAUUGGAUAAGAAACAUUGAAGAGCAUGCCUCUUCAGAUGUUGAAAGAAUGAUUCUGGGCAACAAAUGUGAUAUGAAUGACAAAAGACAAGUGUCAAAAGAAAGAGGGGAGAAGUUAGCAAUUGACUAUGGGAUUAAAUUCUUGGAGACAAGCGCAAAAUCCAGUACGAAUGUAGAAGAGGCAUUUUUUACACUUGCACGGGAUAUAAUGACAAAACUCAACAGAAAAAUGAAUGACAGCAAUUCAUCAGGGGCAGGUGGACCAGUGAAAAUAACAGAAAACCGAUCAAAGAAGACCAGUUUCUUCCGUUGUGCGCUACUUUGAUGAACUCUUUCUGAGAGACUGCAGCUCACCUAGAGGACCCUUUCCUGCUUCUCUGAAAGCACAGGUCACCCAGCCUCAGAAUCAUCCUGCCUGGCUGCUACUGAGAGCACCGCUGAACCUAGACCUAGAUUCUGCACACAGAAUGUGCAGUGGAUUCCAGCCUCAUGGCCCAUCAAGAUAACAGGCUUCUUCUUUCAAACGUGGAAGCAAUGAAGUGGAGACACGUGCAGGACUUAACUUGUUUUUCCUCUGUUUUAUUGCGUGUUGCAGAAGCUGCUAUCUUUUUCUUUUUCACUUUGCACAUCAGUUGUUAGCCUUUCCUUGUUACAGCACAAUCUGAGAUUCAUAUCUGCACACUUCUGUCUGAUGAGGUUCUAGACAAAUUUGCAUUCGGGAAUGUUUAAAAAAAGAGUAGAACAUUUAAAGCAGAGGUUAAUAUACGAAAAUUACAGCAUAUCUGGUCAGGUUCAUAUGGCCAAAUGUUAUUGCAUUGAUAGCAUUUAUUUAAGGGCUCUGAUUUUCUUAAAUAAAAGAGUCAUUAAAUUCUGAUAAAAUUUAUCUUAAAAAUUCAUAAAAAUGCCCAUCUGUUCAUCAAAGGCCACAGUUUCUUUAUUUCUUCAGAUUGUUUAGAGUUUUGCUUCAUUCCUGACUUUUUUGCCAGAGUCUGGGUAGCUGAAUAAAUCACUUUUUCAGGUGAUUUAUUGAUUACCUCUGCCUAAUCUAUUGACAUUGCAUUUGGAAAUCACUUUAAUGUCGCUUUUCUUGAGUUUUGUAUUUGCUCUUCUUUCCUAUGUUUGACCU